AUGGCAAUUACUGUUAGCGAGCUUCUCAAUGGUGUUGCUUCUCGCCUUGUAUACGGUAGGUUUUUUUUGUUUGAAAAUGAAAUAUUUAUGUUGGAGCAUAUGUAGAAGGGGUUUCUUAUUCAGAAAGUGCAUGAAUUUUUGAGUUUUCAAAAAAAAAGCUGUCAAUCUUAGGAUCCCGGGUUCAAUCCACGGUGCCCCCUCUUUCCCAAAAAAAUCCGAAUGCACUUGAAUUAGCCUAAUUCUCACGAUGUCUGAAUCUAUUUGCAGCAACAUUUGUACAAUGAAUAAUUUAUUCUGUUAUGCGUUGUUCCAAAGUUUUACUUCCAAAAAUAACUUUUGAACUCUGGAACGCCGAAAAAAAAAUAAAUAUGGCCUAGAAAACCAAAUAUUUCCUGAUCUCCUGAAUUUUGGUUUUCUCUUCCAUGACUCUGAUAUUUUUGGAUUUGAAAGAAGUCGCCCAGCUAAUUGCAUAAUGGGAGACCACCCACGAAGCCUAAAACUUUGACACUUGAAAAUAAAAUUACUGUAUCUGAAAAACUGUAAAAAACUUUGUGAACCAAAAUUUUCUAAAAUUAUGAAUCUAGAUCAGAGAAUUUGUAAUUAUUAGACUUGUUAAAAAAUCUUAACAUUUAAUUUUGAGCUAAAAAAAAUAAAAAGUUUAAAAUUCUGAACCUGUUUUUAUUUUCAGAAGGUUCAAUUUGUGAUCGCCAUCCUUGUUGGAAUGAUGGAAAAUGUCAUAUCAAUAGCACAUCCAAUUAUUUUUGCGAGUGUCCGCCGUCUUUCGUUGGUGUCAAAUGUGAAUAUAGGGUAAGUUCAAGCUUGAGGUUUUCAAGGAAGCUUUGAAUUCUGUUCAGUUUUUCAUCCAAGGUAUUUUUUCCAGAUUCUCGAUUUAUGCAAAAUUUCAAAAUGUCAAAAUUUUGGUAUCUGCGAUUUUGGCAAUUUCAAAGUUGAUUGCUCAUUGUUGCGGCAGAAAGGUUUGUAA